AUGAGCAACACACCCAUCCAGGAGAAGCCCAUCCAGGCAGGCUCUCCAGCCAGCGGGCCUUUGCAACCCUCCCGAUCGGUUCAGCCGAUGUCCGACCCCUCAGUGCCAAAGCGUUUAUGCUUCUACAAAAGUGGCGAUCAUACAUUUGGCGGGCACCGUGUGGUUAUCAAUGCCCGCACCUUUAAGACCUUUGAUGCCCUCCUGGAUGCCCUUUCCAAAAAAGUGCCUCUUCCCUUUGGUGUGCGGACUAUCACCACACCCCGAGGAACCCACCUGGUGAAGGGAUUGGACGAUUUACAGGAUGGGGGAUCCUACCUGUGCUCCGACCAGAAGCGAGUCAAGCCGGUUAACUUGGAGGAGGUAAACCGGCGGCAGGUGCCCUGGAACAUGCCCAGAGCCUUCAGUGUGGGCCGGCGGAGGCGCCAGUUUGGUUCCCUCGGGAGAGCGGACGAUAGCGGCGGCAGGCCAGUGAAGGUUGCGGAGCGAGUGGUCGUCAGGACGCCAAAGAGGCUGGUGGUCAUCAAGAACAAGGAUCCCGAUGUGAGACGCACAAUUGUGCUGCAGAAAAGGACGGCACCCACCUUUGAUGCGUUGCUGGACUACCUCUCACAGAUUCUGCAAUUUCCAGUGCUCAAACUCUACUCUAUUGACGGAAGAAGAAUUGGAGGUCUCGCUGGUCUAAUCUUGUGCUCUGGAUUCCUAGUGGCAGCGGGCAAUGAGCCUUUUAGGCUCAGCAACAACAGUUUCCAAAGGACAAACCAGACGGUCCAGGCAAUGUUCAUGGAAACAGGACAUCCGUCCAUGCUGCAGCAUCAAGCUCACAACCACAAAUCAGCCUCCAGUGGAAGAUGCUCCAGGAAUUUUUCUUCGUCAUCCGAGCAGUACAUCAUCAACCAGAUUAACAAGUCUCGGAAAGGAAGUGCAAACAGUCACACUAGGUCGCCUGAAUUCCACCCGACUUGCAUGGAGACGUGCCGAUCCGCGACAGCGGCCGGCCAGCGCAACGCUGGCCUCUUACCUCAGGACGACGACAUCGAGAAAUCCUUCCGGGUUAACCAAGACGGCAGCAUGACCGUCGAGAUGAAAGUGCGUCUUACCAUCAAAGAGGAGGAAAUGCUCCACUGGACUACCACAGUCAGCCGCUCCAGCCUUAGGAGGAGGACUCUUGGUGCCUCAGUCGCCGAGUCAGGCAACAUCUCACCUGACUCAAACAUCUACGUUGCCAAAGGAUCCUCUCACUUAUGUGAAGAUGAGGCAAAAAAGGCCAACCAGCCUCCAGCAAGUGAAGCAAAGGUCUGCUUUAACAACGUGGGAGAAGCAAGAAAAAGGUUCAGAUGCGCCUCAACUCCAGGCUCUCAUCGUGUCAUGAAGGAGGCGUCUUUUGAGACUGUGAAGAUGCUGACAGAAUCUGGGGUCCAAGGGAGCACCCUUGGCCACUAUUCAUAUUUGGAGAGGACUACUGAAGGAGACACAAUGGAGGGAUAUUGCAGGGUCAGACACAGCAGCAGCAGCAGCCAACCCGUCCCAAAGCCUCGGAAAACUAUUCUGAAAGGCAAUACCACUUCCCUCCUGAAAUCCUCAGGAGUAGCCGAGGUCCUCAAGAUAGAAAAUGAUGGGACGGAGGUUCGGGAGACUGUGAUGCGGAUUUAUGAGAGACAGGGCAGCUCCAACAAUUGCCUUGCAAAUGAGGGCGCAGAUGAUACAUCUUUGCAUCGUUCCCCUCCGGGGCCACAAAGCCACCAAUCCACAGCCUCAGGGCCUUGUUCAUCCAGCAAUGACAUUGAUUUUAGUUUGCAGCAGCCUACUGCUGAUUCACUCCAAAGACAGAAAGAGGAGAUGUUGUCUUUGUCGUCAGAGCCAAUGUCUCUAGCACUCGAGGUGGCAAACAGACCACCUUCAGUGCCUAAGAAUGUCACCAAAAUAGAGAAAAACUCUCCAACUCCACUCCAGAAAAAGAUAGAGACAAAAAAGAUCUCCCAGUCAAGGUUAAUGGAUAAAAAGUAUAAACAAUCACCAGCAGACAAACACAAUAAUGAUGUUCAUGCUGGAAAAAAAAGCCUCAGUUCGACAGAAAGUACAAACCGAAGGCUGGGUGAAAAAAUGCACACGAACACUUCAGUGAGACAUGGAAGAGAAUCAGAAACAUUAGUUAGAACUUCAGUCAGGGAAAAAAAUAGGAAUAAAUCAGCUUCUAAAUAUAACCACAAUGUAAAUACACCAUCUGUCAGGCCUCCCAUGAAGAAGAAUGUGUCCGAUCUUUUAAAACUCCAACGAUAUUCAAGAAAAAAGACAAGCAGCAAGUCCAUAACCAUGACUGACAACAAGCUGUCAUCCACAGAGUUGGCUCAACAUGUGCUCGGGAUUCCUAACAACCACAAAUCAGCCUCCAGUGGAAGAUGCUCCAGGAAUUUUUCUUCGUCAUCCGAGCAGUACAUCAUCAACCAGAUUAACAAGUCUCGGAAAGGAAGUGCAAACAGUCACACUAGGUCGCCUGAAUUCCACCCGACUUGCAUGGAGACGUGCCGAUCCGCGACAGCGGCCGGCCAGCGCAACGCUGGCCUCUUACCUCAGGACGACGACAUCGAGAAAUCCUUCCGGGUUAACCAAGACGGCAGCAUGACCGUCGAGAUGAAAGUGCGUCUUACCAUCAAAGAGGAGGAAAUGCUCCACUGGACUACCACAGUCAGCCGCUCCAGCCUUAGGAGGACUCUUGGUGCCUCAGUCGCCGAGUCAGGCAACAUCUCACCUGACUCAAACAUCUACGUUGCCAAAGGAUCCUCUCACUUAUGUGAAGAUGAGGCAAAAAAGGCCAACCAGCCUCCAGCAAGUGAAGCAAAGGUCUGCUUUAACAACGUGGGAGAAGCAAGAAAAAGGUUCAGAUGCGCCUCAACUCCAGGCUCUCAUCGUGUCAUGAAGGAGGCGUCUUUUGAGACUGUGAAGAUGCUGACAGAAUCUGGGGUCCAAGGGAGCACCCUUGGCCACUAUUCAUAUUUGGAGAGGACUACUGAAGGAGACACAAUGGAGGGAUAUUGCAGGGUCAGACACAGCAGCAGCAGCAGCCAACCCGUCCCAAAGCCUCGGAAAACUAUUCUGAAAGGCAAUACCACUUCCCUCCUGAAAUCCUCAGGAGUAGCCGAGGUCCUCAAGAUAGAAAAUGAUGGGACGGAGGUUCGGGAGACUGUGAUGCGGAUUUAUGAGAGACAGGGCAGCUCCAACAAUUGCCUUGCAAAUGAGGGCGCAGAUGAUACAUCUUUGCAUCGUUCCCCUCCGGGGCCACAAAGCCACCAAUCCACAGCCUCAGGGCCUUGUUCAUCCAGCAAUGACAUUGAUUUUAGUUUGCAGCAGCCUACUGCUGAUUCACUCCAAAGACAGAAAGAGGAGAUGUUGUCUUUGUCGUCAGAGCCAAUGUCUCUAGCACUCGAGGUGGCAAACAGACCACCUUCAGUGCCUAAGAAUGUCACCAAAAUAGAGAAAAACUCUCCAACUCCACUCCAGAAAAAGAUAGAGACAAAAAAGAUCUCCCAGUCAAGGUUAAUGGAUAAAAAGUAUAAACAAUCACCAGCAGACAAACACAAUAAUGAUGUUCAUGCUGGAAAAAAAAGCCUCAGUUCGACAGAAAGUACAAACCGAAGGCUGGGUGAAAAAAUGCACACGAACACUUCAGUGAGACAUGGAAGAGAAUCAGAAACAUUAGUUAGAACUUCAGUCAGGGAAAAAAAUAGGAAUAAAUCAGCUUCUAAAUAUAACCACAAUGUAAAUACACCAUCUGUCAGGCCUCCCAUGAAGAAGAAUGUGUCCGAUCUUUUAAAACUCCAACGAUAUUCAAGAAAAAAGACAAGCAGCAAGUCCAUAACCAUGACUGACAACAAGCUGUCAUCCACAGAGUUGGCUCAACAAAGUCUUUCAAAGAUUUCCCUCAACCGAUCCCCCGCUGAAAUCCAACAGUAUGUUGAGAACUGGUUGGAGGAGGUCAUUCCACACCCCGUCGUGUACAUGGUCACCUCAGAUGGACCAGAACCACCAACAAAGGUUUUAUUUCAGAUUGGUGAUGAGUCAGAAACUGAGGAAAAGACUGAAACAAAGGAAAUAGAAGAUUACUGUCAGACACCCUCUGAUACUUUGAGAGUGACAGCUUCUUGUCUCUCAGUCCCCCUCACGGCCAAAGAAGAGACACCGAUAAAUGUUUCGAUGGCAAAGGUUGAACCCACCCACCAGCAAACUUGUGUAUGGUCAAAAAACUCAUCUGAAUCAAACAAUGAAUCACCUUCAUCUCAAAUCAACAUUUUAAGCCCCAAAGCAAAGCUGAAACCGGUCUUGCAGGAACUUUGUUCAUCAAUUCAGUCAAUACAAAUGACAUCUGACCAAUCGAGUAGUCCUCUUGAUUUUUCAUACCAUGUGGCUUCGGUAUUUGGCUCUUCUUGUAAAAGCGUCCUGUCAUUUUUGUCAGUGAUGGCUCUGAGAGAUAGUCUAACGAGCGACAGCACAGAUUCAAUGAAUGACUCUGAAGCCAUGCUACUCUUGAAGUUCCUGCAGAACAUUUCUGCCAUCGAGGACCAGGAUGAGCAACGGGCGAGUCUGAUUGAUUUGCACAGUGGAGCGUCUCCCCAGUUCAUGAAGUGCUGGAUGGAUUUCCAAACCUGGAGGGAAAAUCUGGAGACACAAUCACUCAUUCCGAAAUUUCAAGACACCCAAGAAUCAAUUUGGGUUCAGGGUGUAAUUGUUGACCAGCUAAUGAAGGAGUUUAAUAUGCCAUAUGACCUCAGGAGGGAGAUUUCCUCAGCACUUCAGCAGGCUCCUGCAGAAGAGUGCGAUGUUCUAGAGCCUGACAAAAACUACUUGGAAUCAGCAGAUUUGGAGCAGGUUGUGCAGGACCCAGACUUAAAACAAUUCUGUGAUAAUGUUUGCAUUCAUGAAAGCACAAAUGAUAAGGAUGAUCUCUCAUCAUGGCCUGGAGGGAUGGAAGAAGAACAUGCUAAGGAAACAGGCUGUGAAAGUAAAGAACCAAAUGUAUCAUUGGGAGACACAGGGAAAAUCCAAGUUCGAGAAGAAAAUAUAAAGGGUGCAGAGGAUCACAUGGAGGAGUCAAAGGAAGCUUUGGAUGAAGGGGAGACGGAACAGAAAGGAAGUGAGGAGGACACGGAGGAGGAAGCAGUGUUGAAAGAAGAGGGGGAAGAAGAAGAACUUGGCAAGGAAGGGACAAAGAACAAGGAAAGUGAGGAAAAAAGCAAAGUAGUUGAAGAAGCAGGUAAUAAAAAGAUAGAUGAACGCCAAGAAGCAAGACAAGAUGGAGCAGAGACAGAUUUGAGUAAAAGUAAUGAGGAAAAUGUGGAUGAAGAAGUGGACAAAGAAGGGGAGGAGGAUAAUAUAGAAGAGGAAAAGAAUGACAAAGAUGACGCUGAUGAAAAUGUGGAAAAGGAAGAAACAGAGGUCUUAAGUUUUGACAACAAGGAGGGUAAUGCAGACAUGUGUGAACUUACUCCAGAAAAGCAACAAGUAUGUCUUGAAGAACAGUCAGAGAAGCUGGAAGAGAAUGAGGAGAGCACUCGAGAAACUAAUCCAGAAGAAUCUGUAGAUCAAGUGGAGAUGGUUGGUGGAAUAAAGGAUGAAACAGAAAGUGAUUACAACUUAGAAUGUUACCAAAAACCAAAUCCAGUGGUAGAAGUUACAGCAAACGAACUUGAUGAGGGCCUUAAAGCAGUGGCCAACGAUAAGGAGGAUGAUGAUAACAUUGAGGAAAACAUGGAAGCAGAAGGAACAGAAGUCCUAAAUGAGGACAGCAAUGAAAAUGAUCAUGUAGACAUACCUGAAUCUCUUAUGGAAUGGGAUCUAGUCAAACAGACAAAGAAGUUGGAGGAGGAGAGUCGAGACAUUUGUGCAGAGGAAGAAUCUUUAGACGAAGUGGCUGGUCAUACACCGCAUGAAGUGGAUAUUGAAGACAGCUUAGGAUGGUCCCUAGAACCAAACCCAGAGGUGGAAGGAAUAGCAAACGUCCCAUCUGAGGGAAAAGAUGAUGAUAAUGUUGAGAAAAACAUGGAGGAGGAAGGAACGGAGGUGUUAAAUGAAGACAAAAACAAGAAGGGUAAUAAUGGUGCAGACGUACACGACCCUACUACAGAUGAGGGACAAGUAGAUAUAAUAGAACAGAGAGAGGUGCUGGAAAUGGAUAGGGAGGAUACAAGAGAAACAACUCCAGAAGAAGAAUCUCAAGAAAAAGUGGAAGAGCCAAUUCGAACACCAAGUGAAACAGGAAGUGAAGAUGACUUGGGGUGUUCGAAAGAACAAAAUACAGAGGUAGAAGGUAAAGCAAGUCUCCCUAAUGAGGGGAGUGAAAAAGUGGACUAUAACAAAGAAGAUUAUAUGGAAGAUGAAGGAAGGGACACUGAUGGUUAUGAGAAGGGUAACGAUAAUGAUGUAGACAUACCAGAACCUACUACAGAUGAGGAAAAAAUAGAUGAAAUAGAACUGCUAGAGAAGCGAGAGAAGAAUGAGAAGGAUACUCGAGAAACGAGUCCAAAGAAAGUAUUUGUAGACCAAGUAGAGAUGCCUGAUCGGCCCCGAGUUGAAGCAGAGAGUGAAGAUGACUUGGGAUGUUCCCUGAAAGCAAAUACAGAGGUAGAGGAUACGGAAAGUCCCCAUGAUGAAGGAAUUGAAGAAAUUGAAGACGUGGGCGAGAAGGGGGAUGAUAGUGAAGAUGAAAAGGACCAAGAUGAAAUUGAGGAAAAUAUGCAAACAGAAGGAACAGACAUCUUGAGUGAAAUGAACAAUGAGGAAGGUAUUCUUGCCAUACCUGAACCUGCUAUGGACAUGAAACAAGUAAAUCUAAAUGAGCAGACAGGGAAGCUUGAGGAGGAGGAGGAGGGCACUUAUCCGAAGGAAGAAUCUGGAGAGAAGGUGGAGGAGCCAAAUGGGACACCAACUGAAACAAAGAGUGAAAAUGGCUUGAGGUUUCAAGAACCCAAUCCAGAGGUCAAGGGUUCAUUAAGUGCCCCCAGUGAGGGAGUUGAAGAAGUGGUCAACGAAAAAGAUGUGGCUGUGGAGGAUGAAGAUCAGGAAAAGGAUGACAUUGAGGACAAUAUGGAAGGGGAAAGAACAGAGGUCUUAAGUGAGGACAACAACAUAAAGGGUUAUGGUGAUGAUGCAGUUGUACCUGAACCUACUGCAGAUGCGGAACAAGAAAAUCUAACAGAACAGAUAGAGAAGCUGGAUGAGGAGGACACCUGUCCUGAGAAAGAGUCUGGAGAAGAAGACCUUACAGCCAGUGUUCCUGACGAGACCUUAGGUACAAACCCGCAGAAUGAGUCCGUUGAGAAAGAAAAUUUAAACAUGGACCAUGGCACCGAAUCACCACUCGAGUAUUUGUCUGAUGAGCGCUUUGUGGAAAACAAGGCUCGUGAAAACAAGGCAGGGAUCCACCCUCAGGAUCGAAGCAACACCCUCAGCCACCCGGUGGAAAUAUCACAAGAACUCCUGGACUUUGUAAACUCUGCACUCCAGUCUUCCUCGCUUAUAUUUACGUACGACGAUCACGGCAACAUUAGAAUAGAACCGGAUCGUGCUCAAAUCACAGAAAUUAAGACUACCCUCCACCCAGCGAUCCAAAGAGAUUGCACAUAUGGUUCGAAAUGCCUCCAGAGCCCGAUCACCUCAGACUUAUCAGACUACAGACCAGAAAGUUUUGAAAGCGGUCCAUAUCAAAGCCAAGACUCUGAGGCCAUCACUUCAGAGAACAACGAAAAUGCUUCGGAGAGCUUCCCAGAAGGCUUGACUGAAAGAACUAAUCCGCAGUCGGCUACCUCCAAAAUAUUGAAAAGUCAUUCCGAAGGUGGAAGUUUCUCUUCAAGUGACUCCCUGACAAAAGGAUCAAGGAAGGUUUUGUCUUGCUGCAAAAAGGGUGACAAUGACCCAUCCUCUCUGACAGAACAGAACCCGGAACCCGGUAACGGCAUUUUGAUUGACCAAGGUCGAUGGUUACUCAAGGAAAACCAUUUGAUAAGGAAUUCACCACCAGUCUCUGAGGGCAUGUACAGGGAUUUGGACACUACCUCUGAAGACAUGGGGAACUCCAGUGAGGAGUCCCAGACUCACAAAAUAAGACAGCACACACUACUUGGAGCUAUAUCCUCAUCUGAUCUAGAAGAACUGGCCAAGCCUCAACCCCCAAGGUGCAGCUACUUCACCAUGCCACACGGAAGCGACUCAGACCCAUUCCCGGAUGACACUAGCGACCAAAGUCGGAGCAAAGACACAAAUUGUGCGAAAGGAAGAGGCUUCAGGGUGUCGCCUGUGACUGACACCUCCAAAACGUUAGCCAACAAAAAUUGCAGCCUUUCAUCUUUCGCAUCAGUGGAGUUUAAAAUAGCGGACAGAAAAGUGUACCCUGAGGGAGAAGAGUCCACGGCUGGGGUGGAAGCACGAGGGAUCCCUGGUGACCGGCACCAGUCACAAGACUCCGCAGAUGCAAUAAAUGUCAGGUGCGGACAGUAUUGUCAAAUUCUAUAACUGGUAUAAAUUAGCGAGGUACACACAUACAGAUUUUUAACAUCAUAGCUGGAUUUUAAAAUGUAAGGAUUUGCGAUUAUAAAUUUUUACCAGUCAAUCAAACGUUUAUGUUGGCUAAACCUGAGCAUUGUAGGAAGGAAUAAUUCAUUCAUAGAAUAACGUUUCAGAGCCAUUCGACAAAAUUAGGCCUUUGCCGACAUUGAUCGUAAGAAGGAAAAAUUUGCCUCGAACAUCUGUGUGGAUCCCCACUUGACCUGUAAUUCUUUCUCAUCAAUGACUCAAUGAAAGUACCUCACAUUUUAUGUUCUUUCAAUUGAUUUUCUGCCAAUACAAGAGGUUUUAUAGUUUGCUCAUUUCAUGUACUGUACGAUACUGCCUUUUUUCCCCCAAUGCACAAUAUAGUGGACAGUGGUUUAUCAGACCACUUUCAACAGUUUUUGAAGGGACUGAAUUGUGACAAAAUGCUGCACAAAUAUGUAAAUAAGUCAAUAAAAUAUUUUUCUAUUUGAACAGACUGAUAUUUUUUCAAUU